AUGAAACCUCCCGCAGGACUGGCUCCAGAGCCCGCCGCAGGGGCAGGCACAGAGGAAGCGGGAGCGCGCGGCGUGCACGCCGAAGCGCCGGGGCGGCGGGCGCGCGGCGGGCCGUGCGGGACGCGAGGACCAACCUGUGCUGCCGCCGUGCGCUCGCGGGCGCCCUCUGCCGACAGGCUCGGCACCGUGCGGCUGGAAGGGGCCAUUCGGGACCAAAUGCAGUUCCCAGGGGGCAGCCGCGGGCCGGCGAGGAGCAGCUGCGAGGCGGGCCUGCGGGGAGGGCAGCCGGGCCGUGCUCGCCGGAGGGGCGCCCUCCGCGGCCGGGCUCCGGGGCUGCCCCCGCCACCCCCGCCCGCUCCCCCGGGCGCGCGAGUGCCGCUGCCCCGCCCCGCCCCGCGCCCCGGCUCGGGCCCCGCCGCGCUCGUCCCACCCUCGGCCGGCGCUGCCCCCUUCCCUCCCCGGGCCCGGGCUCGGCCCGAGACCGCCCAGCUCCGCGGCCUCCGUCCGGGCCGGGGUCUCCGGAGCGGCGCGCGGCGAGGGCCGGCCCUCGAAUCUCGGGCGCCCUCCCUCCGCCGGGCUCUUCCUGCUCCGGCGAUGCUCCGGCUCGGCGCCGGCUCCUGCCGCGGCCCGUCCGUCACCCGGCCCGGGCCCCAGGCCCCCCCCAGGCCCGCCCGCGCGCCCGCUUCUGGCGCCGGCUCCUUUGCCUGCGCCCCGGACGCCCCUCCGCCCGCUCUGCGGCUUCGAAGCUUCCUCUUGCCCUGCGAGGCCCCUCGACCGCGGGCAGAGGCGGGCCGCGGGGGCGGAGACCGGCGCCACGCCAGGCCAGGCGCCACCACCCUGGGUCUUCUGGUACACGUGGGCACCUGGGCGAUUAUCCGUGCAUACCUGGGCGGCUGCUCCAUGAUCGAUAGACGCCUGGGCAGCUGGCUUCCCCAAGACUGCUCCGCCCCAGCCAUCCUCCGCAAAGUGGCCGUGGUUAUCUGCUCGACAUUGAUCGCCCAACAGCGUGGGCUCAGCGGCCCCGACAGCCGCCAGGCCGCGCCGGGCCGGGCCGGGCCGGCCUCCGAGCUCCCCCUGACGUGGAACCGCGGAACCCGCACCGCCCGUGACGUGCGCCCGGGGCCGAGCUGUAGACGGCGAACAAAAGAGGCCCCGCGGCCCGGAAGGCUCCUCGGUCGAGCCCGCGCGGCCGCCCGGCCGCCCGGCCGCCCCUGGGUUCCGUCCCGCCCCGGGCGGCCGGGGAGCGCGGGGCCUCGUCCGCCCAGGGCCAGGGAGGCGGCGGCCCCGGCGCGGGGCGGCCCGGCCCUUCCGACAGGCGGGCGCCCGCUCCGCGCAGCCCGCUGCGCCUCCAUCUUGGCGGGCGGCGGCGGGGAGCGGCGUCUGGGUCCGGCCCCGUCGCGCCGGCCGCUUCCCGGGCGCCGAGUCGGCAGCGGGCGCCGUCCCCGCGGCCGCCCGGCGGGGCCCAGCCCGGUUUCCCGGGACGCGUGGGGGCGGCCCCCCCGCCCCCCACCCCCGAGCCCGACAAGAUGGAGGACGUCGCCUCCUCCCGCAGCCAUGACGGGAGCGGGGGACGCCUCCCCACGGGGCUGCGGCGAGGGGAAGCGCUGCCGGCCCUCGGAGCCCGCGGGCGCCCCCGCCCCGGCCCCGGCCCGGGGCUCCCGGCUGCCGCCCCCGUGGCCGCCCCCCCCGCCCGCUCGCCCCUCCCGGGGCCGCCAGACACUGGACAGGGAGGGCGUUGGGGACAUCGAGGCCGCGGCGCUCCCCGCGCGGCGUCGCUCGCAGCCGCCGUAG